CUUAUUAUUAGCUAACAGUGAUUCCUUAGGAGCCUGAUAACUUCUUUAAUAUCAUAAUCUAACAUAUAAAUCUUCAUAUGUACAUAUUGAUUCAUGGAAAGUCAGAAUGGCCGAAGUUCAUUUAGAGGCCCCAAACUCCCACUGAGAUCUAUGGUAGAUUUAGCGGGAGCCCAUCGGCGGACCAAUUGAUGCACUAUGCCUAGAUGAGAGAAAUCUACUUAUUGGGCCCUCUUGGCCCUUGAUCCGGAUCUAGUCUUUGGUAGCGAUGAAAGGGUUCUUGUUUUUUAGCGCUGAAUGAGAGAUAGGUUAGCCAUAGCUAUAAGGAGUACUCGGGAGUAGUAUCCGACGAGAGAUGUGAGAUUUAUUGCUGUCCUUGAACUCUUUUGUGCGGAUGCUAAGACUUCCGUAUAACAGUCAGUGAACAUGCAGUCGAAUAAUUCUUACUCCAGUCUAGCCAUUGAAGGGACUAGACCAGACAGCGACACCGAUUUCUUCAGGCAGCCUAACAUCACUUUUCAGUUUAUGCGUCUCAAUGCUACCUUUGUUAAACGCAUUGCCGAGAGCAAAAACGGUAUUACAUCAACAUCCCAAGUGACCGGUCUCGGGCGGGCAGCUUGGCGCGGAACUACCGAAUGGGAGAAUCCAGUAUGGGGUUGGAUGCUACCAAACUUCGUCGACCGCGCAAUCCAGCUCUUUCUCCCAGAUGGCACGUUUUAUGCCGAGGUGUGUUUCGGAGGCCCAUUUGGUACACGAGAGCCACAAGCAAGGUUGUCUGUCAAACCUAGCAAAGACAUCCCUGAGGCAUCUGACAGUGGUCAACUCGAUGCACUUACCCGCAAGCUUGCCGACCCACGUUACUUCGAAGGCUUUUGGUACAUGAUAGCUACAGCAUGUAAGACAUCAUUGGCAACCCCUAGUUCCACUGUCCAAUACUUAAGUUCGAAUGUUGGUAUGCCCUUGGCUCUUGUCAGUAUGGGAUGGUCUCUCGAGCUUGGGACACCUCCUAUGAGCCACAGCACAAACACCGAACUGAGCGACUCCCUUGGCAACCCAAUAAGUCCGCCCGCAUGCGAGAACCAAAAGCAAACCGAUCAGUUAAAGGUCUGUAUUGGUAGCAGCAACCUUUCAGAUAAUGGACUUGUCGGCUAUUUUGAUACGUCCACUCCAACUUUUGGCGAGCUCAACUUCGACUAUAUCAGAACCUUCUUUGCACCAAAAGACCAGGAUAUGGUCCCGCUAAAGGUUUUGAAUGCAGAUGAGUACCCUCACUUCACGCCUUUUCGGGGUUCAGCUAGCGGACAUCCCUACGAUCCUAAUCAUCCAAGCCAGGCGGAAGACUUCGAUGACCGACGCAACGCGCAUAUGACCGUCUUCGGUGCAAUCGCUGACCCUUUCAUGCCCAUCCGAGCCUACUCAACUUUUCUGCGACCUGUAGAGCUAUUACUUCCAGAAUGGACAUGGCAAAAUGCACUAAGCAGGAUGGCUGCUUCCCUUCAUAUGGGCCCUUUGUUGAUACCAUCCAGUGAUGUCCCGGCCAAUGACGAGAACCCGAAGCUAGCGACGGAAGACCCAGGCAACAUCAAUGGGCAGGGCUUAAUAGUUCCCCGACUUCCUGACUACGGCGAAUGGACUUGGCUGCAGCCAUAUGUUUCCGAAGGGAGAGAAGAUACCCUAGCUUCUAAUCCGCUUGGAACAGAGAGCCGGGAUGAUUUGAUAAAGCCCGGGCUUCCAAACGCACCAUACACGGCGAUUGAAGGCUAUUUGCAGCUCAGGAAUUCCGCUGCGACGUGUCAGAACACUGCCAAGAAUGACAAAAGUCCGUCAUGACGGAGUCAUUGAUUGAGUCAUAGGCCGAUCAUUCACACAGAGAUCGCUAUAAACGCUCAGGCCCAUUCGGCCUCGGGGGCAACUGGGGGGUUUUCGGGGGGCUUUUCAAUGGCGUUCACAUACACCCCGGCAGCGCAUUUGCGUCUUUGAGCACGCGGGUGAGUCUCGCGUACUCAAUCUCAUCUGAUCUGUCACCCCUUCUGACUGCCAAGACACGGGCACUGCUUGUCCGUAAAUAGUUGCUCGUAGCGUGGUGCUAGCUUCCGCUCGAACCCCAAUAAUCGCGCCUUGGUCACUUUCGCCCGAGUUAGUUUCCGUAUAGGGGACCAGUUAUUCGGAAUCAUGUCUCGCAGCUGCUUGCAUUUGGAUGCAUGAACCUUUCAGCUCAAAUGUG